GUGAGGAGGGGCUGCGGCGCCCAGAGAGCUCCUUCCCCCUCCCUCCUGUGCCCGGGGUGUGGGAAAAGGCGGAAGCCGGAGCAGGGCCCGGUGGGGAGCCCGCGGGCGGCCCCGCUCUCCGGGCAGCACCAUUUCUUCUCUCUUGCGUGCCAGAUUGUGCUCCUCUUCGCCGGGACGCCGGGCGCCACUGGCUGCCGUGAUUUGGGGUCUAGCGAGCUGCCUUGCGGCCAGGCCCCUGGAGAGCCGCCAUGGCCAAACUGCUCCAGACGGCUCCCAAGUUCCUGGGCCCAGAGUGGCACAUCUCCAACAAGAACCAGUACAACAGCGCCGAAGCUCAGCGCUCCAGGUCCGAGCGGCUGGUGGCCGAGAGCCAGCGGCUGGUGGACGAAAUCGAGAAGAGCACCCAGAGGACGCAGAGCGACGUCAACAAGAAGAUCGAGCAAAGACUUGACGAAAUAAAGUUCUGGAAGAAGGAAUUAGAUGACAAACUGGACCAGCUUCUAAAGGAGACCGAAGCGCUGUUCACCUUUAAGACGAGGCUGGAGAAGGCCAUCGAGAAAUACCAGGAGCCCCUGUACAUUAUCCACAAGUGUAUCGAGUAUCGGGACAAGCGUUUUGGCAUCGACCUGGUGCAAGACGAGGUGGAGCGGGAGCUGUACAAGGAGUCCGAGGUCUUGCAGGGGGUCCUGGCCCUGCUCCAGCGCACCCUGGAAGAGACUGGGGAGCAGCUCAGGCUGAACCGAGCCUCCAGGUACAACCUGGAGAAGGACCUGGAGGACAAAUGCGUGGCUCUGACCAUCGAGGACUUCUGCUCGACACUCACCAACAACAACCCUGACAUCUGUUAUGCCAACAACCCUGUCCGGAUUGAGCCCAACUCAGUGAGUGUGGACGACUGGCUGGAGUUCUCCAACAUGAACGUGGAGAAGGCCGACCAGCAGAGGAACAACUCGCUGGCGCUGGAGGCCUUGAUCGACAGGAUCCUGUCUCAGACGGCCAACGACUUGCGCAAGCAGUUCGAGGCGGUGAAUCAGGCCUUCCAAACCCAGAUCAAGGAAACCAAAGAGGCCAAGGAGAAGCUGACCACUCACCUCACCAAGAUCAUGGAGGAGAUCGCGGCCCAGGAGAAGAACGUGCGAACCUUGAGCAAGGCCAUCCAAGACAAAGAGGGGCCGGCCAAAGUGGCCCACACGCGCCUGGAGUCCAGGCGGCACCGGCCCAACGUGGAGCUGUGCCGGGACAGCGUGCAGUACCGGCUCAUCCGGGAGGUUCAGGAGAUCACCUGCAACGUGGGCAGGCUGAAGGACACGCUCGCUCAAGCGGAGAUCGAGCUGAAGGGGCUCUACCGGAGGCAGCUCUCCCUGCAGGAGGAGAUCCAGGUGAAGGAGAACUCGCUGUACAUCGACGAGGUUCUCUGCAUGCAGAUGAGAAAGUCUAUUCAGUACUACGAUUUCUGAGGCCGGAGGCCAGCCGGGAGGAGGCGGCCCGCUAGGAUAAUGAUAGAUUUCAGAUGUUUAUUAAACCAAGUCAUAAA